AUGGGUGAAGAUGGAAAGAAUAUUAGCGAUGAUAUAUCAAGUCUUUUACAUGCGGCUGAAGAAUGGGCAGAUGAACGAUUGCUUACUAUAAAUUCAUCACAUGAUUUUGAUAAUUCAAUUUCUUAUCCUAUUCAUGUACCGGUUGAGGAAGUUGCUCGACAAGUUGCCUUAGAACUAUGCAAAAUUUAUAAUUGGGAUCCUGAAACGGGCGCUGAUAGGCGACUUUCAAGACGAAAUGCCAGUGAUACGUCCAUACAACAGUCUUCAGAAGUUGCCACAUCAGUAAAGCAUGUCGAAUAUCAUGAGCAGGAAAUUUUGCCUGAUAUGAUUCAACAACCGGAUGUAAUAACAUUCGAAGAUAAUAUGAAUAAAACAUAUACCGUAGAAAAAAAUACUCCGCUUAAUAAAAAGGAACAGUUGGAUAAACCUGCCGAGGUAAUUCAAAAUAAUAAUAUCAUGAAUGAAAGAAAAACUUCGCAUAAUAUACCGGAACAAUUUUAUAAACCUGAUCAGGUAAUUCAUAAUAAUGUUGCUGUUUCCUUUAAUACAACGAAAGUAAUGAAUGUAUCCAAUCAGAUAAUUCAUGAUGAUAAUAUCAUGAAUAAAACACUAGCCUGUAUCUCACCAAACAUGACGAAAGAAUUGGACAAACCUAAUCAGGUAAUUCAAGAUAAUUUGAAGCAAAAGUUAACUAUGACUGAAAAAAUUGCCAUGCUUCCCGUCCCGGAUACUAUUUCUUCUUUGACUGCCGGCAUCUCUUAUGGUAGUAAAAUUAUUACUGUAAACAAUGUUGAAAAGAGCACUUAUAUUUCACCGAAUGAUAACUGUCCCGGUAUAAUGAAUCAAAAUGAAAUGUCUAAUGCAGAAGGAAAUCCUCAAAGUAUGAAGCAAAAAUUCUUUUCUGUUGCUUCCGAAGAAGUAGCUGUAAAUUGUGCACAAGAUACUACACUUUUCUCCGGAAUAAUGGACUGUCGAGAACUUCCAGACAAUAACUUCACCAUCACUAUUCCUCAUGCAAAAUCUUCAAAAGAAACCCAAAAAACAUCAGAAAUAACAAAUUCUGGAUCAAAUGAUAUCAAUGAAAAAAAUAUUAUUGCUUAUGGAAAUGGAAAUAUUGUCAACUCACACUGUUCAACAGAUAACGAUGACGUUAUUACCACAGCUAAUUUUUCAUUUCCUACCGUUGAAACGAGCAUAUUUACUGAUAAUGAAAUUAAUCGGUCAACUGUCUCGAAGGUUGAUGAAAUUAAGUCAUCUUUCUUAAAUUUUUCGACGAAUGCUACUGAUACAAAGAAUAUUACGAACUUACCUGAGAACGAUAUUUCAAUUCCAAAGAUCUCUGUUGUCGCUAAUAUAACGCAACAACAAUUUUCACAGCAUUCUGAUGAAAAUAAGGAAAGUUUGAUGGUCAUUAACGCAACGGAAUUCAAUUCAAUUCGAAAUGAUCAUUGUGCUUUACCGGAAGAAAAUCGUGCUUUAAUCAUUGAGUUAAAUAAUAGAUUAAAUCUCUUACAGAAUAGUAUCAGACCAUCACAAACUAUAAUUCAAGAAGUUGACAAUCAAGAUCUUAUUUCUUCCAAAACAACAAAGCAAUCGGAAAAAUAUUUGUUGAUUGUACCAGCAAAUUUAAAUCUAAGUCCUGCCGUUAAGGAAAUUAAAAAUAAUGCUAUGAUGGCAUUACCAAAUAUCAAUAAUUCCAUGCAAACUGAAAGCAGUACAUAUUUGUAUGACAGAAAAAAUUACGCAAAUUUGGAAACGAAUAUAGAUGCUGAAAAUGCAUCACAGAAACAAUUAAUUAUCAGUAAUGAAAUUACCGAUCCAAUGACAAAUGUAAAUGAUGAGCGUAUUGCUGCGAAUAAUCAAACGCAAUUUUACCUGGAAAAUCACUUGGAUCAUCUGGAAAAACGUUAUAAAGAAAGUAAAGAAUUUCAAACAGAUGCAAUCGGAAAGGAAUUCAUAACCAGAUCUAUAAAAACAGAUCAGAAAAAUGAAAAUGAACCAGACAAAAAUGUAGAUGACAAAUUAAACAGUUCACCAAAUGGAGAAAAUCAAAUUAAUACAGCUGAAAAUACUUCAUUCAAUAAGUCGUUAACAGCAAUGAAUUCUUUUAAAAACAGUACUGACGAACAAUCAAUAAUGGGCAAAAGUAAGUAUUGA